GGGGCGGGGCUUACAUGUGGGCGGGGCUUCCUUGAGUUCCGGAGUCGACUCGCUGCCUGGGCCGGAGCGGAGAUGCAGCCGCCGCCCCGAAAAGUGAAGCCGGCCCAGGAGGUGAAGCUUCGCUUCCUGGAGCAGCUGAGCAUCCUUCAGACCCGGCAGCAGAGAGAGGCAGACCUACUGGAGGAUAUCAGAUCCUACAGCAAGCAGAGGGCAGCCAUUGAACGGGAGUAUGGGCAGGCACUUCAGAAACUGGCUGGGCCAUUCUUGAAGAGGGAAGGACACCGGAGUGGGGAGAUGGACAGCAGAGGCAGGAUGGUGUUCGGUGCCUGGCGCUGCCUGCUAGAUGCCACCAUGGCUGGGGGCCAAGCCCGGCUCCAGGCAGCUGACCGAUACCGUGACCUGGCUGGGGGCACGGGGCGGAGUGCUAAGGAGCAGGUGCUUCGGAAGGGAGCAGAGAACCUCCAGAGGGCACAGGCUGAGGUGCUGCUGUCUGUCCGGGAGCUGAGCCGAAGCCGAAAGCUGUAUGGGCAGCGGGAACGCGUGUGGGCCUUGGCCCAGGAGAAGGCGGCUGAUGUCCAGGCCAGGCUUAACCGAAGUGACCAUGGCCUCUUUCACACUCGGACCAGUCUUCAGAAACUCAGCACCAAGCUGUCUGCCCAAUCAGCCCAGUACUCCCAGCAGCUGAGAGCAGCCCGCAAUGAGUACCUGCUGAACUUGGUGGCCACCAAUGCCCACCUUGACCACUACUACCAGGAAGAACUGCCGGCCCUGCUCAAGGCUCUGGUCAGUGAGCUGUUAGAACACCUGAGGGACCCGCUGACCUCACUGAGCCGCACUGAGCUGGAAGCUGCAGAGAUGGCCCUGGAGCAUGCUCGCCGCGGGAGGCAAGUGACCUCCCAGGUAAGCUGGGAGCAGGAUCUGGAGCUUUUUCUUCAGGAACCUGGAGUGUUUUCCCCCACCCCACCUCAGCAGUUUCAGCCAGCAGGGAAUGAUCAGGUGUGUGUCCUGGAGCUGGAAGGGGGUGCAGGAGGUGUGGCGGGGGAGAGCGGCCUGGAGAAAGAAGUUCAACGCUGGACGAGCCGAGCUGCCCGAGACUAUAAGAUCCAGCAUCAUGGGCAUCGGGUGCUGCAGCGGCUGGAGCAGAGGCGGCAGCAGGCUCCAGAGCGAGAGGCUCCAGGCAUAGAACAGCGGCUGCAGGAAGUAAGGGAGAGCAUCCGAAGGGCACAGGUGAGCCAGGUGAAGGGGGCUGCCCGACUGGCCCUGCUGCAGGGGGCUGGCCUGGAUGUGCAGCACUGGCUGAAGCCAGCCAUGACCCAGGCCCAGGAUGAGGUGGAGCAGGAGCGACGGCUCAGCGAGGCCCGGCUGUCCCAGAGGGACUUCUCUCCCACGGCUGAGGAUGCUGAGCUGUCUGACUUUGAGGAAUGUGAGGAGACUGGGGAGCUCUUUGAGGAGCCCGCCCCCCCAGCCCUGGCCACCAGGCCCCUCCCCUGCCCUGCCCAUGUGGUGUUUGGCUAUCAGGCAGGACGUGAGGACGAGCUGACCAUCACAGAGGGCGAGUGGCUGGAGGUCAUAGAGGAGGGAGAUGCCGAUGAAUGGGUCAAGGCUCGGAACCAGCACGGUGAGGUAGGCUUUGUCCCUGAGCGCUAUCUCAACUUCGCGGACCUCUCCUUCCCUGAGAGCAGCCGUGACAGCGACAACCCUUUGGGGGCGGAGCCCACAGGUAAGAAAGGGACAAGAAUUGCUGAGUCAUUGUGGCCCUGGGGUGUCAUGGUCCAGGGCAUGCUGCCUACCUCCUCCCCUCACCAUCUCUCCUGGGCUUCUACAGCGUUCCUGGCCCGUGCCCUGUACAGCUACACUGGACAGAGUGCUGAGGAGCUGAGCUUCCCUGAGGGGGCGCUCAUCCGCCUGCUGCCCCGGGCCCAGGAUGGAGUGGAUGAUGGCUUCUGGAGGGGAGAAUUUGGGGGCCAUGUUGGGGUCUUCCCCUCCCUGCUGGUGGAGGAGCUACUUGGCCCCCUAGGGCCAUCUGAACUCUCAGACCCUGAGCAGAUACUGCCAUCCCCUUCCCCUCCCAGCUUUUCCCCUCCUGCACCCACCUCUGCUGUGGAUGGAUCCCCUGCACCUGUCCUGCCCGGUGACCAAGACCUGGACUGCCCUGGGUCUCUGGAUAUGAUGGCACCUCGACUCAGGCCGAUGCGUCCACCGCCUCCCCCGCCAGCUAAAGCCCCAGAUCCUGGCCACCCAGAUCCCCUCACCUGAAGCCAGGGGGACUCUCCAUCCCCUAGUGAUGCUGCUGCCCUAUCUCCGUGCUGUCAGACUGCCCCUCCCCAUGGUGAUCCAAAGCGACACAGUCAAAUGCUGGAAUCUCCCUGAUUUCCAUUCUCACCUUCAGGGGUAGACACUACUUCUCCGCCCAUUUCUGGGGCUGGAACCCACUCCUUUUCCUCCAUGAUCCUUCAGCCAUCUCUGGGGCUGAAACUACCCCCUUUCUCUUCUGCCACCACCCCAUCUCUAGGGUGGUGAACUACCCUGAAAUCUCUGGGACUGGAAUUUGUCCCCUGAAGUCUUGAGUGACUCUGGCUCAUUUGUGUCUCCACCCUGAUUCUGUGAACCACCCCACUACAGAUGCCAGUGCCACUGGGGUUGGGGCCUGGGAUGGGGAUAGGCCUGUCAGAAGGAGCUGGAGCCAGUAUGCGAAGCAGCUGUAAUGGUCUGAGUGGAUUUAUUGACAGUGAAUAAAGGUCACAAAGCCCGA